CACUAUAAUGUCUUGAAGACCUUAAAAAUAUUCUGUUGUGAUGUAUGUCUAUUAUUACACCAUUUUGGUCUUUGCAUGGGAAUAGGCAGACUUGCAACGAGUGUCGUUUGUACACCUCAGUUUGUGCUGAAAGAAGGGGUGGCAAGAGAGAGCGAGCGAGCGAGCAACCGAGAAAGGGGGAGGAUGGUGAGGGAGUGAGUUUCAUGCAAGGGAGGGGACAGACAUUCUCCAAGCAGGGGAGCACAGCCUCAGUCUGGCCAGCAAGGAGGAGAAGCAGCAUCGGCAACAUCAUUGCUGUCUGCCUCCCCCAGUUACUACCAUCACUACCACUAUUACCACAACCAAUCUGCAUCCAGCUUUCGGACUAUACACAACCCAGGCGAACAAAAGAGGAGGUUAGAGAGGAUUUUUUUUUUUUUUUUUUUUUUUGGCAAAGGGUGAGAAAGUGAAGCAUGCAGGAGGACAGGCGUGGAGGCGCGGCUGCGGGAUGCGUGCUGUCUGACGGGCGCCCAGUGACCAUGAUGCCACUGCCGUGAGAGGCUCCCGUGAGCUGCGCACCCAAGCCGCCCUUUUCCCCUCCCUCUCCUCUCCCCUCCUUUCCUUUCCUAUCCUCUCCUCUCCUCCCCUCACCUCACCAGCAUCGCCGAACGGCACUCAUUUGAACGCGGGGACACGGAAACACCACCACCAUCGCCACCGGCGUUUGCUGCACAGCAACUUGACAUAAACAGGGGGAUUUCCUUUCCUGGAUUUAAACAAUAUCAAGGUUGCUUCACCAUUUGCUUCUGGUGACAAGUGGACUGCUCUCCACACAAACACGCCGACAAUCCUGACUGUGCCAGUGCUGUCACCUUCUCUUGUUCAUGCUACAGAGUCUUCAGGGUUGCCAUCCAUGGUUUCUACCCUCAUCAAGAUUAUAUCAUCUUACAUUGAAAAGAUUUGCAAAGGAAUGUUUACAAAGAAAUUGGCAAACCAAAUCAAGAAGAAAGAGAGAAGUAAAAAUAAAGAGCCAACAAAAUUGACCACUGACCUACAAGCACACCAUCCAACUUUGUCAAACACAGUGAAGACCACUGUUAAAAAGAUCUCUAAAUGCUCCUCAGCACGUAACGUAUCGCUGGAAGACGACGACGGGAAGAACGACUGCUCGUCCCUGUCACCCACUUUCAGUUAUCGCGUAGCCAUCGCAAAUGGACUCCCUAAAACCGCCCCUUUUUUGAAUAACAACAAUGAGAGCAUAUUUCCAGAGGUUCUUUCAAUCGACAGUAGCUAUUCCGACACACUGAGCGACGCAAAGCCUAUCCGGAGGCUGGAUGAGCAUAAAUCGCACACAAUGCCAGUAAGACGGAACCGGAAGAGCCUCAUCAGUUUGGCUCCCUCUGACGGGAGCUCUGAGGGCGAACGAGUGGAACGCUCAAGUCUGCAAACGCUCCGGCUGGGAGCUCUUCGCAAACUGAGGAAAUGGAAAAAGAGUCAGGAAUGUGUCUCCUCGGACUCCGAGGUGAGCAACUGGAGGAAGACACUUGGCAUCCGGAGCAAGUCCUUGGACCGGGCGGGACGGCAGCAGAAAAGCUCAACUCUGGAACCUGGUUCCUCUUCCACGGGAUGCAUCAGUCAGACACAGGAUGUCAUGGAGAUGAUCUUCAAGGAACUUCAGGGGAUCAGCCAGAUAGAGACGGAACUGUCCGAGCUCCGUGGCCAUGUCAACGCCCUGAAGAGCUCAAUUGAUGAGAUCUCCAGCAGUGUGGAAGUCGUUCAGAGCGAGAUUGAGCAACUUCGCUCUGGAUUUGUCCAGUCAAGAAGGGAAACACGUGACAUCCAUGAUUACAUAAAACAAAUUAGCCACCAGGCCAAUAAUUCUACUCUGCGCUUCCUUAAUGUCCCCGAAGAAAGAUCAGAAAAAACAGAACAUCUUAUAUAUAAAUUACUAAAAGACAAAAUGGGUCUCACUGAUGCCCAUAAAACAAUUAAAAUUGAACUUGCUCAUAGAUUAGGACAACAGCGAGAAUGUUCUAACGCAAAACCUCGUCCCAUUAUAGUUAUAUUUGCAACACCCCAAGACAGAGAUUUAGUCUUGAAAAAAUGCUAUAAACUUAAAGGUACUGGGAUUACAGUUUCCACGGACAGCUUAACUCGGGACGGGAAAGAGCGAAAGGACAAGUCAAUGUCCUCCUCACAAACUUAUGAAAGUAUGGAUAUUAAGGUGUCAGGGAAAGAUAAAGUAGUAGAGAGUGAUGAUUGGGAUUCUAUGGACAGUGACAAGGAAUUAGAUGAGCUAAGCAGAAACAAAUAUGCAAUGGUGAUUUCAAAGCCUGCUCACAAGAGCAAAUCGGAGAAAAAACGAUCCCAUGACCACAGCCGGUCAGGGGAGGAGGCAAGCUACUCAGGUGCAGUUCAUUAUGCCGAUGACACAUACUAUGACCCCGACAAGCAUGGGAAGGCUUACUAUUCUGAUGUGACCUCCGGCUGGCUCUCUCAAAGUGACUAUUCCACGCCCAAACUCAGCCGUUCUGAAUCGGACUGCUCAAAACUUUGUCAGUCGUACUCGGAGGACUUUUCAGAAAGCCAGUACUUUACACGGGCCAACGGCUGCUCCUUGUUAUCCUCCUCAGAUCAAGAACUGUGGCAGAGGAAACAAGAGGACAUGGCCUCCUCUUGGUACGCUAGCCCCAGUCACCCACUCAGCCAUGAGAAUCGACCUUAUGAACAAAAUGAGAUUGAGACAACUGAGACUGUUGACAGUGGUGUCAGCAAUGGACUUGUUUGCAUGUCUGGGGACAGAAGCCACUACAGUGGCUCCCAACUUUCUCUGCAAGCUGACCUGUCACCUUGGAAAGAUUGGCAUCAUAUAGAGCAAGGUGCCGAUUCAGGUUUGGAAGCGUCCAUAGAGGUUAGCAGUCCAUUUGACCCAUCCACCAUCCCGGGUUUUCCAGAGAAUAUCACUAAAUGCCAAGAAGUUGAUUUACAAUUUGAAGGUGAGGAGGAGUUCAUGAUGCUUGACAGAGUACUUGCUCUGCCGCCAAUAACCACUCACAUUAUUACACCCGUUGUGGAGCGUGAGUCUACCAAAGCACAUGUGCGCCAGUCUAAAGGGAAUUCCAAGGCGGUAGCAAAAGAAAAUACGAAAGUAUUAUCUAAAGACCCCUCCAAAGCUACAGCUAAAAUGACAAAUAAACAAAUUAAAAUUGGAUUGAAAGAUGAACCACCCAAAAUACAAGAAAAGGAAACUAUAAACGUUUCUGCAAAGAUUUCAUCUAAAAUUACAUCAAAUGCUACUCCGCAAGAGCCGCUGAAACAGAAGAAAUCCAUAGCUGAAGAGAUCACUGAAUCCUUCCCUAAAGAUAGCCCGAAACCUACAGCUAAAUAUUCCACAAAGCCUGCCAUUGAAGAUGUUGCUAAAGUAGCGCCGAAGGUCAUUUGCGGUGAGACAGUUAAAGCGAGCAGAGCAGCCCCAAAAGUUUCCCAGGCGAUGAUAUCAAAACAAAGUCCAAGAGAGUCACCAAAAGAGAGCCCUAGAAUCACCCCAAUAAUGAGCCCAGCUUCAACUCCCAAAGAGUCACCGAAAGAAUCCCCUAAACAGUCCCCGAUGGUCAGUGUGAAAGAACCCCUACAAGACACACAGAAACUUGCUGCUAAGGAAGUUACCAAAGAAGCUACAAAGGUACCCACAAAAGGGGUACCUAUAGUACAGAAUAAGGAGAGCAACAACAACAAUAAAGUACCACCCAAAAAGGAUUCUGGCAUCCCAAUCAAAGAAACACCAGUAUCGAAAGAGAUCCCAAAGGUGUCUGUCAAAGAAGCCCCUAAGGCAUCUCCAAGUCAAUCACCUCAGGUAGUGUUUCCAGAUGCCCCAAAAGUAGUUGUUAAAGAUGCCCCCAAGGAAGCUUCAAAAGCAGUCCCGAAAGAAAAAUUUCCUGAAAUCAAUGUCAAUCACAGCUUUCACCAAACUCAAGGUAAAUCUACCACUAUGUACCGCAGUCAGAGUGAGAUCCGAACAGAAAAGGUCGAGGAAGUGCCUAAGUCAUGGAGCAGCAGGCUCAGUAUAGACCUCAGCGAGAAGUCUUUUGGUUUUGGCUUUGGGUCUACACUGCAAAGGGCUAAAUCAGCUCUGGAGGUUGUAUGGAAAUCUGGCCCUCAGAAUACUCCCGCACCUCCUGAAGAACCCACAAACUCUUCUUCGUCAUUCAUGGGGCGUUUCCGUACAAUCUCCACCUCCAACUCACCAUCUGCGGCAGACCCAAUUGUUCACAAAGAACCCGUUUACUACAAACCGGAGGAAGAGAAAAAAGAUGCAGAGACGGAAGCCGUUGAACAAUCUGAGGAUGGCGAGACCCAUUACGUUGAGGUGAUGGAACAGGUUCUGGCUAAUUUGGAGAACAGAACUAAUGUUAAUGAAACUGAAGAGCUUGUGCAGGAAUGUGAGCCUUCUCAGGACAAUGACGCAUUUGAGGAUGUCCAGCCUUCUCAGGACAAUGAUGUUCCUCAAGAUUUUGAGACGGCUGAAGAUUUCAGCAUCACAAGAGACAAUGAUGCGAGCCAAGAGGCACAUGUCCUCGAGUAUGACUGCGGCUUGGAUGAGCCGUACGAUGAGGAGUACAGCGAGGAGUAUGAAACCAACGUGACAGAGGACACGGCCGAGUAUGACGCCAUGGUGGAGUAUCUGGAUGUCGAGGAACCCGACGAGACAGAGGACAAUGACAUUACCGAGGAUAUGGAAGGGGGCGAUGAGGAUAUAGAGGAGAUCGAGGAGCUGGUUGAGGAGACCGCCGAGGCAUCUGAGAAAGUCGAUGAACAUGAGGAGGAUAAAAGAAAAAGCAUGGAUGAGGAGAAGCCCGCAGCCACAGAGGCACCACCAAAGAAGCGAAUACGACCGACAUUUAAAGAGGCUGCUCUGAGGGCGUACCGGAAACAGAUGGCUGAACUGGAGCAACAGAUCUUGGCGGGAGAUUGCAGUGCUUUGGAUACUCAGCCUCGCAGUAUUUUGGACCCCAAACUGCUCGGCUUGCAGUCUGGAGGGGCCGGCAGUAUUCUUUACGGUAUUGACAGCAUGCCAGAUUUACGCCGCAAGAGAACAGUGCCUCUUGUCCGAGACCUGGCUUUGACCCUCACUGCUCGAAAGGCAGGCAUCUCGUUUGCUCUGGUGAACCGCUCCACCCUGAAUAACGAGGACUUGAAACUUCACGUCUUCAAGAAGACCCUCCAGGCCUUGAUAUACCCGAUUUCUUCCACAACACCGCACAACUUUGAGGUGUGGACGGCCACUGCGCCAACUUACUGCCAUGAAUGCGAGGGGCUCCUGUGGGGCAUCGCACGCCAAGGCAUGCGCUGCUCUGAGUGUGGCGUCAAAUGCCACGAAAAGUGCCAAGACCUGCUCAAUGCAGACUGUUUACAGAGGGCAGUGGAGAAGAGCUCCAAGCACGGAGCGGAGGACAAGACCCAAAACAUAAUCAUGGCCAUGAAAGAGCGAAUGAAGAUCCGAGAGAAGAACCGACCUGAGGUGUUUGAAGUGAUCCAAGAGAUGUUCGACAUUUCCAAGGAGGACUUCGCCAGCCAUCUCAAGACAGCCAAGCAAGCUGUGCUGGACGGCACCUCCAAAUGGUCUGCUAAAAUCAGCAUCACUGUCAUGAGUGCUCAAGGGCUCCAGGCCAAGGAUAAAACUGGCUCCAGCGACCCCUACGUCACCGUCCAGGUGGGAAAGACCAAGCGUCGGACAAAGACCAUCUUUGGCAACCUCAAUCCAGUGUGGGACGAGAGGUUCUACUUCGAAUGUCACAACGCCACGGAUCGCAUCAAGGUGCGCGUGUGGGAUGAGGACGACGACAUCAAGUCGCGGGUGAAGCAGCAUUUCAAGCGGGAGUCGGAUGACUUCCUGGGCCAGACCAUCAUCGAGGUCCGCACGCUCAGUGGGGAGAUGGAUGUUUGGUACAAUCUAGAUAAGAGGACCGACAAGUCGGCCGUGUCCGGCGCCAUCAGGCUCAAAAUCAGCGUGGAGAUGAAGGGGGAGGAAAACGUGGUGCCACCUCACGGCCAGUACACCUGUUUACACGAGAACCUGUUCCACUACUUGACCGAGGGCAAGAACAACGGCGUGGUGAAGAUCCCGCAAGUGAAAGGCGAAGAGGCGUGGAAAGUCUACUACGACGACGUGUCCCAGGAGAUAGUCGACGAGUUUGCCAUGAGAUACGGAGUGGAGUCCAUCUAUCAGGCCAUGACGCAUUUCUCCUGCCUGUCCGCCAAGUACAUGUGUCCCAGUGUGCCGGCGGUGAUGAGUAACCUGCUUGCGAACAUUAACGCCUACUUCGCUCACACAACCACGACCACCACAACCACCGCCUCUGCUUCGGAUCGAUUCGCCGCUUCCAAUUUUGGGAGGGAGAAAUUUGUGAAAUUACUGGAUCAGCUGCACAACUCGUUGAGGAUCGACCUGUCCAAGUAUCGUGACAAUUUCCCUGCUGGAAACCAAGAGCGUCUCCAAGAUCUGAAGUCUACCGUGGAUCUUCUGACCAGCAUCACCUUUUUCAGGAUGAAGGUCCAAGAGCUCCAGAGUCCGCCCAGAGCGAGCCAGGUGGUUAAGGACUGUGUGAAAGCUUGCCUGGAUUCUACGUACAAAUACAUUUUCGAUAACUGUCACGAGCUGUACAAUCAGCUGCUGGACCAGAGCCGGAAGCAGGACAUCCCACGUGAGGAGCAGGGACCAUCCAUCAAGAACCUGGACUUUUGGCCAAAACUCAUCACCCUCAUGGUGUCAGUCAUCGACGAGGACCGGACAGCCUACACGCCCGUCAUCAACCAGUUUCCUCAGGAGCUGAACGUGGGGAAGAUUAGUGCCGAGAUCACAUGGCACCUCUUCGCCCUGGACAUGAAGUAUGCCAUGGAAGAGCAUGAUAAGCACCGCUUAUGCAAAAGCACCGAAUACAUGAAUCUUCACUUCAAAGUCAAAUGGUUCCAUAAUGAGUACGUGCGCGAAUUGCCAGCCUUCAAGGGGGUUCCGCCAGAGUAUUCUCUGUGGUUUGAGCCGUUUGUCAUUCAGUGGCUUGACGAGAAUGAGGACGUGGCCAUGGAUUUCCUCAAUGGAGCUUUGGAGAGAGACAAGAAAGACGGCUUCCAGCAGACGUCCGAGCACGCCCUCUUCUCCUGUUCGGUGGUGGACGUGUUCACGCAGCUGAAUCAGAGUUUUGAGAUCAUCAAGAAGCUCGAGUGUCCGAACCCCCAGGCUCUGGCUCACUUCAUGUGCCGCUUUGCCAAGACUAUCAACAAGGUUCUUCUGCAGUAUGCCGCAAUCAUUUCCAAGGACUUCCCUUUGUAUUUGAACAAGGAGAACGUGCCCUGCAUUCUUCUCAACAACAUUCAGCAGCUCAGAGUCCAGUUGGAGAAGAUGUUCGAGUCAAUGGGAGGGAAACAGGAGGAGGGGGUUGUGUCCUUCUGUAAGCUGGAUGCGGAGGCCAGUGAUCUGCUCAAGGAGCUUCAGAAUAAACUAAACACCGUGUUGGAUGAGCUCAGCGGUGUCUUGGGCUCCAGUUUCAAACCGGUCAUCGAGGAUUGUGUGAAGCAGAUGAACCAGGAGCUGAUCCAGAUGAAAGGUUCGGCCAAGGGAAGCAAUGCCGCUAUGGAUGCAGAGACUGUCCUUCGGCCUCUUAUGGACCUCCUCGAUAAAAAUUUGAUGUUAUUCGCCAAGAUUUGUGAGAAGACAGUGCUGAAACGUGUUCUCAAAGAGCUUUGGAAGAUCGUGCUGAACACCAUCGAGAGAACCAUCGUUUUGCCCCCGCUGAGUGACCAGAGUCAGCAAGGAGCUCAGAUGAUCUUCAAUGCGGCAAAGGACUUGGGACAAUUGUCCAAAUUGAAGGAGCAUGUCAUCCGCGAGGAAGCCAGGAGUCUGACUCCACGGCAAUGUGCGGCCAUGGACCUUGUGCUUCCCACUAUCAAGCAAUAUUUCCAUGCUGGAGGAAACGGGCUAAAGAAGACAUUCCUGGAGAAGAGCCCGGAUAUGAAGUCCCUCAAAUAUGCUCUUAGCCUUUACACUCAACCUACAGAUGCCUUGAUCAAGAAAUAUAUAUGCACCCAAACCUCUCAAGGUCAGUCAAGCAACGGCUCGGUGGGCGAGGUGUCCAUACAAGUGAACCUCAUCUCUCACCCUGGCACCGGAGAGCACAAAGUCAGCGUGAAGGUGGUCGGCGUGAACAACCUCCAGUGGCAGACCACCGCCAUGUUCCGGCCAUUCGUUGAGGUCAACGCCGUCGGGCCACACCUGGCUGACAAGAAGCGCAAAUUCAGCACCAAGACCAAGAACAACAACUGGUCACCAAAGUACAACGAAACAUUCCAAUACGUCCUGAGCAACGAGCACGGGCCAGAGGCGUACGAGCUGCAUGUGUCGGUGAAGGACUACUGCUUCGCCCGCGAGGACCGCAUCAUCGGCAUGACCGUCAUCCAGCUGCGCGAGCUGGCUGACUCGGGCAGCUGCGCCGCCUGCUACCCGCUAGUGAAGAGCAUCGCCAUGGACGAGACAGGCCUCACCAUCAUGCGGAUACUCUCGCAAAGGACCAACGACGAGGUGGCCAAAGAGUUUGUGCGUCUCAAGACGGACACACGCUCGGCCGAGGAAGUGUCGUAAUGCGAAUUUAGGGUGUGUGGGGUGUGGGGAAAAAAAUGCAGUAUUUCAUUUGAAUGGUUUUGUCCUACAGAUGAGAAUGACUGGAAUGGUGUUCUACUUGAGAUGAUCCAAAGCAGGAUGCGAGCAAAGGAGUUGUUUGUUUGUUUGUUUGUUUGUUUUUGUGCAUGUGUGUAAGAAAAAAAAAACAUCUGUUGGAAUGUUCAUUUGAAUACUACAAGUACGUACAAGUGUUUACUGACCGUAUGCUUACUAUUAAGUACCAUAUUCUACCGGUUACGUUCAAGCAGACAAAAUAUCUUUUGUACACUUGGUCUUUUUUUGAACUGAGAUUUGUUCCAAUAAAGUGCCAAACCAGUGGAGUUACAACAACAACAACAACAUAAAAAUGAAAUGAAACAAAAAAGAACAAAGCGUACAGGAAUUGUGGCAAUGAACUAAGUACAGUGUGUUGGAAAAUUUGCUCGAUGAUCCAGUGUAAGUCACUUUAUGACUGUGUGGCAUUCUGAUUGUUGCAGAGUCUCUCGUUUGUCUGUUUGUUUGACAUAUAUUUUGCCACCCAGCGUUGUUGUAAAGUUCCUUGAUGUGUUUUUACUUUAUAUUUUUUUGUUAUUUGUUGUUUAUUGAUUUAUUUCUACAACACGUUUGCCACCCAACUUUUUGGCGAGUUGUGUUUUCUUAUGGUUUUGUUAUGCAUUCAUUUUACAUUCCUCCACCCAGUUCUUGUCACCUUGCACUGUUGCACCCGAGAUUUUUUGUCUUUUUUUUAAUUAUUAUCAUUUUGCCCUUCCAAAAAAAUCGAGUCCCUUUUUGUCAUCUGAACCACCCUUCACUGUUACAACAUCCCUUAUUUUAGAAAGAA